AUGUUGGGAUCGGUGUUUUUCAAUGACAUCACGGGUAACAAGCGAACAGUCAAGUCAAAGGUGUACGAUCAAACCGCAUUGAUAGCAGAUGCAUCACAUGAUGGGGAAGAUUCAGAACCCGUCUUCAAUGCCGAAGAUGCGAUGAACGAGGAAGAGGUUCUUGAGAUGCUUCUUCAAGAAGGCGACAGUGAUGCCCUGCUAGUCCAUGACUUUGAAAGUGCCCUCAGUGAGACUGUACAGGAGGAUCCCGAACUUGCCAGUGCCUAUUCAGCCUAUCAAAUAGCCCGACAUAAGCUGAAUGAGAAGGCCCGAAACAGAGGUUUCUUUCCAAGCCGACCGUUCCAGCCUUCCCAGUCCAAAGGAAAGGGAUUUGGCUCGCGAAACUCGUUCAAGGGCAAGGGCUUUUCCAGUUUCAACAGACCAAGAAGGUCGCUCCAGGAUCGGAUUUUGUCAAGCAACUGUAGGGCCUGUGGCCAAAAGGGUCACUGGAAAGCAGAGUGCCCGCUGCGCCAGAACCAGCAGAAUGCAGGUUCCGCCAGUUCCCAAGCUCCAACAGGUACAGUAGUGACCGAGUCCAGCCUUGAGACGAUGGAUAGUUUGCCUCUAGAGUUUUUGCAGCUGCCCAGAUCCGAUGAAGCCGCAAUCGAUGAAGCCACUUUGACUUCAAUUCUCAUGCAGCGGUUGGUGAUAGCCCGGCCCAAGCCCAACAUACGUCCGAUUGUGUCAAAACCGAACACCAAGACCCGAAAAGCCAUGUCCCUGAGUCAGCGCUUGAAGGGUUUGCAGAUGAAGUCCGAACCAAACCCAUCCGAUGUAGCUCAUCUGAGCAUCCAAGACCUCGAGAACGAGAUGGUGGACUUCGGGAAGAAAAACUGCGGCCGCAGCUACAUGGAGGUGUGGAACACCGACCAAGAAUGGGUAGCAUUCAUGGCAGACCGCUACAGCAAGAGCCACAAUCCAGCCCACCGGAAGUUCCUUCGAUUCGUGGAACUCAUGGUUCAACAUCACGAGGAGCAACAGAUGCCUGUGGUGGUCCAGACGGGCCUAGGAUCGACCGAGGGUUCUGGCCGUGUCGUCAACCCACCAAGGGCCAAGGCCAACGUGAAGUUCCAGCCCAAGGCAAAGGCGGGUGUGGCUCCGAAUUCUGGCUACCAGGAGCCAACCCAUUUUCCGUUGUUGAACGAAGAACUGCAAGAGGAGAUCGAGAUGUACAACUCACUGACUAUGGUACCAUCUCCCCUGAGCCAAAGCCCGGAAUUCAGUGCCAUGCAGGAGCGCCUGCUGAAUCUCGAGAAUGCUCUGACCAAAGUGGUCAAUCACCUGGAAACCCAGGCCAUGGAGCAAGCGAGCCAGAACCAGGGAUUGAAGGUAGACAGAAGUUGUUCCAUUGGAUUGUUCAGCAUCGGCCCCAACACCUAUGGUAUAGCCCAACAUGUGGUCCCUGGUCAUCCUGGAGUCAUGUCCCAGUCUCCAUUUCAAAGGCCAUUUAGAUGGGCCGUGGGAGCAUGGUGUCAGGUUGCAGAAACAUUGCCAGCCUUCGGACAGCGUUCAGUCCGAUCAGUGUUCCGAAAGCCGAGCCAGAAUCAGGAAAAGUUUCCAAAAUCCGCCUUGAGCAGUCCUGAGCCUCUUCAAGACAAGGAGGAGAAACGACGCCGACUCACGGGAAAACAGUCAACUCGACCACAUUUAGAGGAAUAUCAAAGUUGCCUUCAGAAGAUCCAUCAAAUAACCCCCAGAGUUGGAAAGUAUCAAAUCACAGAAAACCAUAUUUUAUCAGACUUGCAAAGAUUAUUCUCUGACAAACGGAUUGUGACAGCCGUAGCUUGUCGUGGCACUGAUCGCACUCUGGCACCACCGGCUGGGACGAUGCCCAGCAUGGCUCCAUACCGAAAAUCCCUGAUGAUCAUUCGAUCCACAGCGGCGGUGAAGUUUGAGACUCAUUGGGAAAAGUGGCCUGAACUUUCGAACCGUCAGCUAAUACGUCCUGCCCACAGUUGUCGUUUGAAUGUGACCAUGUUUGCCAAAGAUCUAGAGCCAACAAGCACCGAAGAGUCUCAGAGAUCAGACAGCGUAUCGCCGAGCAUCACUGUAGAUAGCCCGCCUCAAUCUGAAAGCACCACGAAGGAUGACGAAGAUCGUCCUGCGGAACCAACCAUCUCACUGGCUCCAGACUUGUCUCCAAGCCAUCCAUCGGAACAAGUCAGCCAAAGCACCAGCGUUUUGAGGUUGCCGAAGUGGGAACGCCAGAAACUCAUGCAGAUCCAUAAGAAUCUAGGCCAUCCUACCAAUGAAAGACUUGCCAAGGCCCUUCGAAAUGCUGGACAACGUCCAGAGAUGGUUCAGGAGCCUGACCAAUUGCAACCAAAAGGGUUUCGACACCUAUUGCAGCUUCGCGAGUCAGCAAGAAAGGCAUUCCACAUCGCUGACAACAGAAUCCCAGAAGAUGGCGUCCUACCUGAGGACAUUACCAGCUUGCAACAACAAAUAUCACGCAUGAGUCAAGACCUACCAACCAUCCCCGAAGGAGAAGAGAUCAACAUUCCUAAUGAACCUGAUAGUCCCUAUAGCCCCUCCAUAGCCAGUGAUCGCCGUGAAAGCGACCCAAGUCUCUCAAGUCCCAUGAGACAGCCUGACCAAGAACCAGAGAUCGAGAGUCGCCAGGUGUCACAAGCCCUGGAUGAAUCAAAUGCCACCAAUGAUCCGGAAAAUCACGAUUUCCAACUUCUCUGUGUAGAGGAAGCAGAUGCACUCGGCACCACCGAAUCUCAGGAUCUUGCUUGGAGAUGCGAGUUUGAUGUAACACUUAGAACAAAAGUACGCUUUUGGGUCAAAAAGCUCAACUGCCUUUACCUUUACAGGGAUUGA